UAGGUUGAUUAUGGCAGACAAGAGAAAACCUAGUUGGCAUUUCGAUGCUUCAGACAUAAACGUCAAUCAACAUCCUUCAGUGAAGAAAUUAACUCCUGUUGAAAAAUGUUAUAUGCUAGGUGUAGAACACGGUGAUUUGGCAACAGUCAAAAGGAUAUUAGAAAGAACAGUUAAAGAUUCGACAUCGAUUAAUAUUGAUUGUGUAGAUCCAUUGGGUCGAUCGGCAGUAAUAAUAGCAAUUGAUAAUGAAAAUUUCGAAAUGUUAAAGUUAUUAUUGCUGGAAGGAGUUCAAGUAAAAGAUGGACUUCUGCAUGCUAUUAAUGUUGAAUACGUAGAAGCUGUUGAACUUCUUUUAGAUCACGAAGAAUGUAUAGAAACUGGAGAAAAAUAUAGCUGGGAAACUGUGGAUAAAGAUAUAGCAAUGUUUUCUCCUGAAAUUUCACCUCUUAUGUUAGCUGCACACAAAGAUAAUUACGAAAUUCUUAAAUUGUUACUCGAUCGCAAUGCUACCAUGCCAAUGCCUCACGAGGUCAAAUGCAAAUGUAACGAGUGUUUAAAUGCUGUACAUGAAGAUUGUCUUCGUCAUUCGCGAACUAGAAUCAACGCUUAUCGUGCAUUGUCGUCGCCAUCUUUGAUUUGUCUGACCAGUUUCGAUCCUGUUUUGACGGCUUUUGAACUUAGUGGAGAAUUAAAACGACUCAGUUUAAUCGAGAAUGAGUUUAAAGAAGAGUACUUGAUAUUAAGAAAAACUUGCCAAGAAUUUGCAGUGGCUCUUUUAGACCACGUGCGUACCUCCGAUGAGUUACAAGUUAUUCUAAGUCACGACACAUCUGAUCAAAUAAUCAAAAAUCAAAGUUUAUUGUCAAGAAUAGAAUUAGCCCUUAAAUGUGAUCAAAAGAAGUUUGUCGCUCAUCCAAAUGUCCAGCAAUUGUUAAGUAGUCUCUGGUAUGAAGGAUUGCCUGGGUUUAGACGAUCUAAUGUUUUUCAAAAAUUAUGGCAAAUAAUUAAAAUUGGAGUGCUGUUUCCUGUAUAUUCAUGGAUUUAUAUGAUAUGCCCAACAAGUUCUUCGGCUAAAUUAAUGGAGAAACCUUUUGUUAAAUUCAUCGUUCAUGCCUUCUCAUAUCUAUUUUUUCUAUUUUUACUUAUCUUGGCCUCUCAACGUGUGGAGACAUUGAUAAUAGAACUUUUCGGUACAGAGGAGAUGAAAUUUCAGAUGACAGAAUCUCUAAAAAAGCAAAGAGGAAAUUUACCAACAAUUAUAGAAAUAAGCAUACUCAUUUAUGUAAUUUCAUAUAUCUGGCAGGAAACAAGAGAAUUAUGGGCGCGUGGUAUCGUAGAAUAUUUUCAAAAUACCUGGAAUAUCAUUGAUUUCAUUAGAAACACGCUUUACGUGCUAACUAUAAUACUACGUGGUUGGGCUUAUAUUCAGGCAAACUCAGAAAUUUCUAAAUAUCCAGAUAAUGCGUUUAUUCCUAGAGAAGAGUGGGAUGCUUUUGAUCCAACUUUAAUAGCAGAUGGCUUGUUUGCAGCAGGGAAUAUUUUUUCUGCAUUUAAAUUGAUUCAUCUAUUCUCUAUCAAUCCUCAUUUGGGUCCUCUUCAGGUAUCAUUAGGAAGAAUGGCCAUCGACAUUGUUAAAUUCUUUUUCAUCUACACACUUGUGCUAUUUUCAUUCGCAUGUGGUCUUAAUCAGUUGUUAUGGUAUUAUGCAGACAUGGAGAAAAAAAUCUGCUACGAUUCGGUAACCGGACAAGCCAAGUGGGAUAAAAAUAGAGAUUCCUGCUUGGCAUGGAGACGAUUUUCAAACUUAUUUGAAUCGUCCCAAAGUUUAUUUUGGGCAAGUUUCGGGCUAGUCGAUCUGGCCAAUUUUGAAUUAACUGGUAUUAAAAGUUACACUCGAUUUUGGGGAAUGCUAAUGUUCGGCUCAUAUUGCGUCAUCAAUGUUGUAGUUCUACUAAAUCUCUUAAUUGCUAUGAUGAGUAAUUCGUAUCAAAUAAUAUCGGCGAGAGCUGAUACUGAAUGGAAAUUUGCAAGAACAAAGUUAUUUAUGGAUUAUUUCGAAAAAGGUAAUACUGUACCACCUCCAUUCAACAUUCUUCCCACGGUAAAAAUAUUAAUGAAAUUAUGCAAAUCAAAAAACAUGGAUGAUGCUGAACAAGGAAAUAAAACAAAGGAAACUCGAGAUUUCUUAAACGCGAAAUAUCAAUAUGUGAUGAGAAAUCUGGUUUGGCGUUACAUAACUUCUCAGCAAAGACAUGCAGAAUUUCAUAGUGUGACAGAAGAUGAUAUCAAUGAAGUAAGACAAGAUAUUUUUUCUUUUCGAUAUGAAUUAAUGGAUGUUCUUCGUGAUAGCGGGAUGAAUACAGAAAGCAUCCGUCUGAAGAGAUCGGAAACUCCCGGAAAGAAAUCCAAAGUAAGACAACGUCGACUUUUGAAGGAUUUCAACAUAACUUUAGCUGGAGAUAAAGUAGAUAUCGGUUCCAGUAACAGUACACCUAAGAGAAUUGGUCGGGUAUCGGGAAGGCGUGGAACAAGUAGUCAAAAAUGGCAGGAAUUAAUUAAUGCUUGCAAAUCACGAAAAGAUAAUUUAACAAUUCCAAAAUCCGAGAGUUGGAAACAGUUAUUAGAAGAUGAAGUCGACCUGGAGUCCCUUACUAAUUCUGCUUUAAAUUUAAGAAACAAUGAUAAUCUGGAUGACGACGAUGAACAAGAAGAAAGGGUGCAGUCGAUUUCUCACAAUAUAGAUUAUAAUUGUUCCAAAGAGGUUUCUAUCGCUUGUGAAAUUCCAGUUGAAGAGCGUAAUAUAGACCAACAGCCAAUUUUAACCGAUGAUGCAUUAGAUCAAUUAUUUACAUUUGAAACUUCGAGCGGAAAGGGUACUGAUCAAAAUAAUUUUGACAGCACAUUUUCAUCCACUUUCCAAACUGAAGAAGAAAGCAACAUACCCUACGAAAAGCUCGAAGCAGACGAAUCUUCUCAAGAAAUGUUCUCAAACGUAUCGAUUACAUUAUCGCCGGAAGAUAAAGAAUCAACGGAUGACAAAAGUGUGAUCGUGCACACAGCUUUAGAGGUUUUGUCAUUAGAACCACAUAACACAGAAAAUGAAUCUUCAAAUGGUAUUUCAUCGAAAUCGGAAAAGAAUCACAUAAAUGAUUCGGUUGACAAGGAAAAUUUCGAAUGGUUGUAAAUGUGAACGUUCAUGCUUCAGGAAAUUUCCUUUAAGCUGCAUUUUUAAAUAUUUUUACAAAUGGCAUAUUUUAAACUUACUUCAUUAAAUUUAAAAUUUAAACUUUAAAAAAAAUAGCCGCAUCUUCUACAAUUAAAAAAAAAACUUAAUAAUGACCUCGUGACAUUCUAUUAUCCAAUCGGAAGUAACGAUCUAACGAGCCUGUUGUUUAAAAUGUAUUAUCAUACAUUAACUAUGUUUCGACGGGCAAUAUAGACUACUUAAUUUGUAGAAACAUUAGCUACUUGAAUUUCUUGAAAUCUGUAUACUCAUCUCAAUGCUUCAAUCUCUACUUUCUCAUAGAAAGUAGGUCGUUUGCUUGUUGGGGAAAUUUCUAGUUCUUGAUAAGUGUAGUUUUGAAAAUAAAAUUUAUCAAGUUAUAUUUAUACCUCUUUACUUAAAUCUUUGAAAUAGGGCAUUCACCAAAGAAUUUUUAUUGUACUUGGUUAAUAUAAUAAAGCAGUACUUAUGUAAAAUCUCUGAGUUCCUUUCUAUAUUAUCAUAACUUCUGUUUAGACAAACUGAACUAAGAGGGAACUGAACUUUUUCCAUUCCAUCAUGGGUUCAGUCAUAUCAAUAGAGGAGGGUCUCACAGAUCACUCAAAAAAAAUCCCUGAUCAAUUCCAGGUUCCAGAGGUUGAUACUAAUUGCUUUGAUCAUUUAAUGCCCAUCAUUACACAUUCUUAUAAUACUUUUUGAUUACUAUAAGAACAGCAAUGAUAGAUUAUGAUGGUUGCUUAUAUUAACCUAAUGUACUGUACAGUACUUGUUUCAGUUUCAGCAUUUAUAUUUACCUUUGAAUUAGAUAAUACUGUGUGUCGGAUUUUGAAUUGUCUUAUCAGUUUUCAAUAUUAUGUUGGCAUAAUCUUUAAAAUGAUAUAUAUAACAGGAUUUCAGGAAACAAAUUUUCCUUCUAAACAGAAGUUAUACUUCAGUUAUGUCAUAGAUUGCUUGCUAUAGGUGGAAACCUAAUGAUUUUUUCCAUGUGUUCAUCAUAUUUGAGAUCUUUGACACAUUUUACAGAUGCAUAUUCAUGACUUGUAUCCAUGUAGUAUCCAUCUGUAUAACAACUGAAGCUAUAGUUAAGAUUCCUCUUGUUGCAGAG